AUGCCUGUACACAAUCGGGAUCAGCGGCGAUCAACAACAACUACAGGAAGAGGAGGGUCCACGUACAAGGCUCAACGAAUCAUUGGCUCGGGGGCCUUCGGGGUCGUCUAUGAGGCUAAAGUACAGGAGACUGGGGAGACCGUCGCUAUCAAAAAAGUAUUCCAAGAUAAAAGGUUCAAGAACAGGGAACUGCCAACUUUGAAAGAUCUCAAGCAUCCCAACGUCGUAGCGUUCAAGCAUGCUUUUCACACUGCUGGAGAAAGCCCGAAUGAUCUAUAUUUGAAUCUUGUUACGGAAUAUGUCCCCGACAAUCUGUACCAAGUGAUGAAGUAUUAUACUAAAGUGAAGACUUGUAUGCCUUCACAGUUGAUCAAACUGUAUUCGUAUCAAGUACUGCGGGCUGUGGGAUAUGUUAAUGCUAAAGGAUAUGCUCAUCGCGAUAUAAAGCCGCAGAAUAUUCUAGUCGAUCCGCGCACACACACCAUAAAAUUAUGCGAUUUUGGAUCGGCGAAGAAGCUCUCUAUGGGAGAGGACAAUGUGGCAUAUAUCUGCAGUCGGUUUUACAGAGCGCCUGAGCUUAUUUUCGGCUCAACGGGAUAUACGUCCAAAGUUGAUAUAUGGUCGACGGGCUGUGUUAUUGCGGAGAUGUGUCUUGGGUACCCUAUUUUCUCAGGGGAAACCGGGGUCGACCAGUUGGUGGAGAUAAUCAAAGUCCUUGGCACUCCCACGGCGGAACAGGUUGCAGCUAUGAAUCCGAAAUACAAGGAUUUCAAUCCCAAUGCAUUCCCUUGCAUCAAACCGAAGGGGUUGGGCGUUGUCUUGCGAGGACACCCACAGGCAGACCGGGGCUUUGAGGCUCUCCUACGGGCAUUACUAAGAUUCGAACCAGAAACGCGGAUGUCUCCUAUUUUGGCGUUGUCAUUGGAAUAUUUCGAUCAACUGAGAUCACAUAAGGAUCUUGGUAAGGAGAUCGAGGAGGCUGGCGGACUACCAAAGGAUCUCUUCAAAUUCACCACGGAAGAGCUGGCUGAAGUUGGUGACCCUAGACGGCUGGCACCUCGUCGAGUUCACGCCCCACAAAUUGCCCUUGAGGGCACCCAAAGUCGACCCUAAUCAUAAGUCCAAGCUUAAACUAUAGCGUGUAGGCGUUUUCUCUACUAUUCCUUCUACCUGAGAGCACUUAGUCUUGGAUCGAUUUUGUAUAGUGUUGUUGUUGUUUUUGCCCUGAUCAUAAUCAUCCUCGUGGAGCUCCUCACGUCCACGAGGGCAGUCGAGUACAGAGUCACAAGAUAUAUACAGUAAAACGCGCCUGCCGACCCUUUUUUUCACAA